GUCACGUUUUUCUUACUUCCUACUCUGUGCUAAGUUAGGUUUUUUGCAGUUUUGAACUAGAAUAGUUUUGUCAAAUGUCCGAGUUGUUACCGUUCAUUGAUGUUCAAACUAAUCAAAUACUGAUGAUUGCUGGAUACUUUAAACGUGAGCCCAAGAAGAAGACUGGUAACGUAACAGCGGAAUAUUCAAGAAUCUUGCAAAGAAAAGCACGAAAGUACAUCGACGAGUGGCUUAUGAAAGGUGUCCCACCAGUUACGUUUGAUAAAUUAGCAAGAUCAGCUCAGAAAAGUCAUAUGACAUACUUGUUGAAACUGUUGAUAGAAUAUCAGCCUCUUCCAGCCUACGAUUCAUUGCCAGCUACAGGCCAGCAGUUACUUUUUAUAGAUGGGAGUGAUGUAGUGAAUCAAAGAAGCGCACAAACCUUGACAUCGUCACAAACACCUAGCUCUACUGAACAACCGACGAGAAAAAAAAGAGAAAACCGAUGCCUUUACCCCCUGUUAUAAAAUUGGACGACGAGGGCAAUUGCCUAUACGUGCACUUUGGGCUAGAAAACGCAUUAUGUGGUGAUUCUGUUGGCAUCUAUUUUAAACACGCGGAUAUUCUCCAGUAUGCUGGCAUCUAUAGGACAAAUCCUGAAGCUUUGCCCUUUUGUUUAAGAAACAAGAUUUACAAGAUGGAUAAGAAAGUUGAAGUGGAGCAGGCCAAAGCAUUUCUUCAAGGUCGUCGCUUGGAUGACACGGACAACGCAGUUUUGAUCUCUCGUCAUGUGACACACUUUGAGGUGGAUUUAAGUGCGGAUGGAGUUCAGUUUUUCGACAAUUCAGAUCAGUCUGAAAGCAUCCCUAUCUGUAUGAUAGUCCAUUCAGUGAGUGAGUCUACUGAUCUAUCCAAGUGCAAGCGUAUUUUACUUAAAGUGCGAAAACCUGUUAUUAUUGGCGUUGCUUAUUGUAAAACAAAACCAGACGUGAAGAAAUUCCUUGCCCCUUUGAUUCAAGAAUUAGUGCGACUUGAUCCGACGAAUCUGGAUGACCAAGUUACUGCUGGUCGACAAUUUACAGUGUCAAUUCGGUGCAUCAUAGCCGAUUGGCCUAUGCGAUCGUAUCUUAAACGAAUAAAGGGACAUUCAGGAUAUUGGUCCUGCGAACGCUGUAUUCAGGAAGGUGUACGAUGCAUUCAUCAGGAGAAGAGCCGAAAACUAUAUUGCAAGAAAAUUUUUAUUGUAUCCAGCAGUUUUUCAAGACACUACCAAACUCACAAAUACCAAGAGUAUAAGAAGGAAAUCAAACUGCAUUUGGAUGAAGUUACCAGAUUGUCGAUUAUUCGUCAACUGGAUCAUAACCGUGGCGCCGGUGAUGUGGCCAAUCGUUCCAUUCCUCGCAAAACUGGCCCAGUGCAGCAGCGUACCCUGUUUGAUCCUGUCAACCAAUACGAUAAUUUGGUCGGCAAACAGUCUGGACUAAGUCAUCAAAAAGUGGAAGUUAUUGACAUAUCCAGUGAAUUUCAAACUCCUUCGGUCUCAUCGUACGCCAGCUCGUCGUGUGAGAGCCUGAUCAAAUUUUUACGGGCUUUUCAACCGUCACUUAUACCCAUAAAACGAUAA